AGCGGAAGGCAGAGGAAUGUGAUCGUAUGUAUUCCCUCCUCAACAGAACAAAACCUCUCAAUUCUGUUUUUUCGGAGGCCCCGUCAGAUGCAGUUCAUUGUGCUUAUGUAAUCAGACCUUCGCGGUGUCGAUAUUCUUUCCCUCGUCGGGCAUCUCGAAACGCAUCAGUGUCAUCAUGGAAAAACCAACUUUCCGGCAGACUGUAUAUAUAUUGACAGUAGAAAAUCCCAAGCAAGCCUUGCAGCCCGCUGGUUCAUUGGAGUUACUAUCGAUUCACAAUGACAGCAGUCUCUCAGACGGCGUAUCUCCCUCAAAUAGGCGGACGGCAUUUGGACGCUGCAAACAAGACCCAGAAUGAGAACCCAAGGGAUAUAGAUCAAAAUGCCUACCGAUUACCUCUAGGCGUCACCGCCCAGAAGUCCGGGGAAACCCCUUUGGCGGCAUUUAGCCCGACUCGCGAUGCCCCCGCCAAUGGGUACGGGGCGACGAGAGUUCCCGGAAUGUUGGGCGAAUUGCCCGGACGCAUGCGGAGGAGCCGGCCGGGGUCGAUAUACAAAAUGCAAUUAGGCAGUCAGGAUGUACAAACACUGGUCCAACGACUUAUCGCAAGUGGGACCUCCACGAAUCUAGGGAAACGGGACCUAGAGGCGUUGAUUGCGCCUGCGGCGUUGGGGAUAUCGCAACAUCAGCGAUCGGCAAAUGAGGAAGAUGCGCAGCCGAGCGAGAGCAUAUGGAGCGACGAUGCAAAUGGCGCAAAGACGAUUCCGUACCCACCACCGCCAGAGACGGGGGGGCCGUAUAGGAUGCCAACGAUCUCGACCCCGAUUUUGCAGCAGAACGUGAGACUGGACGCGAUUAUCGGGUUGCUGAACAAGGCUAUGGGGCCGGAAGGUCGGGGAUAUGGAGGGAAUGGACGCGGGAACCUCCGGGCACAUGAUAGAGCGUUGUAUAGUUUCGAUACUGAUGAUAGACAUGGAGGGUUCGAGAGGAACCUGCUGGAUAUUCAGAAGCUUUUUGAGCGAGCAAAGAACUUCGACGACCGAACACAGAGCACCACCUCCCUUUUAGCCGGGGAUCUGGACAAAGGCGGAAAGCGCCGCAAGGCCGAAAAAUCGCCCACCACCGCCACCCAUCACCAAUCGCCCAUGUUUGACAUGCAGCUCGAGAACAAGACGCUGGCGGGCAGGAAGCCGAUACGGGUGAUAGCAGCGGAACUGGAGAAGCGGAUAGAGACGCUGAAGACGAAUCAGUCUGAGUGGGAUUUGUUCCAGAAUCGGAUAUCGGAUUACCGAGCGAUGGACUUGAAUCGUGCGCGAACGGCUCCAGCGGAUAUGGUGCGAGCCAACAAGCUAACAGUGCAAGAGCAACUGCCUCAAGUUCGGCGGCAAAGGCUGGCAAGCGCUAGAGAGCAAAGAAGUCACCACAUGCAAGAGAUCCGAUCCCGGAAGCGAGCACAGGACCUGGAAAAAUGGCGAGAGAAGAUGGCAGCUCUGGCCAAAAAAGAGACGGCCGUAGAAGCGUUACGUCUAAAAGAAAAAGAGCAACUAGGCCGAGGCGAAGCCAUGCAAAAGAAGUGGUUCAUGCUCACCGCCGUCGCUAGCCGGAUGACGAUGAUUCAGAUCGUUCUCGAGACCGAACGCCAACGCCGCGCAAUCAACUACCUCCAUGGCCACUUGGCACGUCUCAUCCAGCGGACGUGGCGGAGAUACAUCCGGAAGAAGCAGGAGGCGGAUAAGAUUACUGCGUUGGCGAAGAUCGCCGUUGUCUUCCGGAAAUACGUCGCCCGCCGCCGCGAGCUCCAGCGGCACCUAGCCGCCGACACGAUCCGCCAAUUCCUGCGCGACGUCUACGACGUGUCCCGUCUCAUGAAGGUCGUCAAGAAGUAUCGAUUCUCUGUCGUAAAAGCCCAAAACAUCGUCCUAGCCUGGCACGCAAUCCGCAACGCGCAAGUGGACGUCGUGUGCAAAUACUGGGACAAGCUCGAACCCGCGUGGUGGAACCAACGGAAGGGCGCCGAUGCGGAUGAUAAGAAGGAUAAGGGGAAGAGCAAGAAGUCGAGGGGGAAGUCGAGGAAGGAUGAUCAUGGGGAUAAGAUUCCGUUGAAUGUUACGGGCGACAUCAAGCGCAACGUAGUCCUAACAGACCUGAUUCAACGGCGGAAAGUGCAUCGGGUGGCCCUCGCCAAGUGGGAGCAGGAUCUGGGGACAUACUCUGCCAGCCACAAGAAUGGGAAAAUAGACCCAGGGGCGCCUAAACGUCCGGUCUUCAAGCUCCUACCGCAUCAGGCAGAUAUGCUCCAGCUCAUCGAGAAAGGAUUCCUUGAGGCUGCGUCUUCUAAUUGGAAGUAAUCGCAUGGAAGCGCGUUACCCGGUUUGUACAUAUACAGUAUAUUAAUCCAACGUCAUGAAGCGGAGUGGAUAUCAUUGAGGCUCAGAAAUGGCCCUACGACUGUCCUAUCGAUCUGGAAGAAGGCAAGCAGCCACCUUUCGGCCCGAUCUACAACCUCAGCGAACCAGAAAUGAAAGCACUCUGCGAAUACCUCGAAGAAAACCUUGCCAAAGGAUUCAUCAAACCCUCAAAGUCCCCUGUCGGUGCGCCAGUCUUAUUCGUGAAGAAAAAGGACGGUUCUCUCCGCUGAAUU